CCUCCAGCAAUUUGCCAUUUCCAUUCCAUUCCAGUCACAUCUACCUGCUCUUUAAUGUCAGUUGAUAUUUAUCCAAUGGAGAGUCCCAGAAUCUCAUUCUCAUACGAUCUCAAUCAAAAAGAAGACAUACCCACCACCCAACAACUAAUCAGAUCCGACACUUCUCUCUUAGAUCCCACCUUCGAUUUCGAUUUCUCAACUUCUCAAAACUUCCCCUUUGAUCUCUCAUCAGCAGACGAGAUCUUCUCCAAUGGCAUUAUCCUCCCCGCCAACAUCAAAGAAACCAAACCCAGAAGAACAAACUCAACCCAAUACCACAAUUCGCCGGAACAGAAUAUCCCCACCACCACAACCACCACCACCACCACGGCGGUGGUCCUGGUACAAGAAAUUAGAAAGAAAAAGAUCAUGAGACUUAAAGAAUUCCUAUCCUGCAGUACUGACACAGAAGAUGAUGAAAAACCAUCCUCAACAAAAUCAUCUUUUUGGCAAUUCCGGCGAAGCAGUAGUCUUAACAACGUUGGAAACUUGAUUCGUCCAUUACAGUUUCUUUCAAGGAGUAAAUCUACUGGUUCUGCUCCUAAUCCAAAAUUACCAACUCGUAAACAAAAUCAGUCAAAGCGAUCUGCGGCGGCGGCGACAGUUAUGUUUUCUCGUUCAUCUUCUUGUAAUUCGUACUACCCAUAUAAUAAUCAGAAGAGGCCGUUGCCGGCGUCGUUGAAGAAGAGUUAUAGCAGAUCAUAUGAUAAUGGAAUUAGGGUUAGUCCUGUUCUUCAUAUCUCACAUGCUUGUAUAGCUAAAGGGACUGCAUCUUUCUUUGGCCUUGCUGCAUUUUUCUGUACUGGCAAGUCAAGAACAAAGAGGAAAUCAUUCAUUCCAUGAAUUUUAUUACUUCAUAUUUUAUGUGUAUAUUUUUUAUGUUUUUUUUUUAACAGAUCUUGAUUUUAUUUUAUAUAAAGUUAUAGUGUACUUGUAUAAAUAGUUUAAUGAAAUCACUUUCAUUUUAAUUGAUAUGUU